UUCUUCCACACCAGAGAACAGAUGUGGCUCCAGUUCUUUCAGGUAGGCCUCCUCACUGAGAUCGAGCAGGAUGUCAGCAGGUCUUCUACUUCUUGUCCUCUCUGGUGUCCGGUAAAUCUGCUCAUCUUCAUCCUCCUCCUCCUCCUCCUGUGCUGAAGGCUCCUCAUUUAAUCCACACACUGUGAGAUCUGCUGUUUCACACGUGUGUGUAUCACCAUUCUUUCUUCGGGAAGCAUCGGUCAUUGAGGAAAUCCUCCCUGCUCUUCCCACGCAGUGGCGCUGGAUGCCUUCACACACUGGCCGCAACGCUGUCGUCAUGACGACCCGUAGAGGAACGGCGUGACGUGAACAAAAGGGGGAGGGGCAGAUGUUGCAUUCGCGUGCUCCUCGGGAGAUCCCUUUUCGCGAGUUGUGAAGUCGCUGCGCUCAUACUAUAGACUGUUAAAAAAAGAUGAACCACAUGACUGCUCAACAAAUGGAUGGCUCCGAAUAUGCAAAAUGGCAGCAUUCAAAUGCAGCGUAUUUAAGCUUCGUUUCUGGAUAGUGGGAGGAGGUGGAGACGUGUUGUCCGCCCUAAAAUGUCCACCUGAUGUACAACUAUAAAUACUGUGACUUUAUCACUUGUGAUAUUGAACGUCACAUGUGUUCUGCCAUUAUAAGUAGAUCUUAUCACCCUGCUGUUUUUUCAAGUGUUCAUUUUUCCAGUAAGUUUGUCCCACAGACUGAAUAUAAAGAAGUGUGUCCACAUGUGUAUGGACCUGUGGGAUGGACAGAACAUUUGCUGCAGUGGCUCCAUCCAGACUCGAGAAGUGAUUGAUGGAUGGAGGGAGGUCCCAUCGAUACACUCACUUAAUCAACCAUUGAUCAGCCUCAGCUGUCAAUCAUGGGGCAGAGUUCACGCUCUACUAUUUAGAGUUGAUAGUUAAUUAUGUUAACUAGUUUGUACGUGAUGACGUCAGCAACUCGGCGACUCGUGAACCAGAUUAUUUUGGGAACAGUUGUUUCGUCUGGAGGAGGCGUUAACAUGCAUUUUAUUUCCGAUUAUUCUCACAACACAUGAACGCAGCAUGCCUGAACGUACUGAUCUGAUGUCAGUUUGUUACAUCUGUUUACAUGUUACAUACGCAACAAUCCGGAUUACGUCACAUUAAAAAGUUAAAUUAAAAUCAAAUUUAAAAGUAAGCUUUUGGUUGUUUUCUGGGGGCGUUGGGUUACUGUGACGCCACAGUGUGACGUAUGAGGGAAGUUAACCGGAGGAACGUUCUGUUCUGCACGUAGAGCGACAGCAGACGUCAAACUGUUCCGCACAUGUGCAGCUCAGCGGGGGGGGGGGCUGCGUGGGUCCAACACUUGAUCCAGUGAUGGUUGCUGCGCGGGGAGAGAGGGAGAGGUUUUCAUGUCAGUCUUUGAUUGCCUGGUCAGACUAUAUAUGUUCCUGUCUCACUGACAUUUCAAGUGGACCUCAGCAGAGGGAGCUGGCACUUUGCUGACGAACAGCAUCACCUUGGUUUAUUGGUCCAGAGCUGCAGAGUGUCAGCCUGUGACGCAGCCGGAGCACCUAUCCGAGAGGGGGACACUGACACCUGACGGCUCCAUCUCUCCACCCGCCGGUCUUUCCCCCCCAUCACGACUACUUCGGUUCUGCAGUGCGGGGACUGCUGCGUUUUAUGGAAGCGGACUGCACUCGUCCUGCCCCGGUCAUGCUGCCCCCCAAGAACUGCCUCCCGAGGAACUACAGCUGCAUAGCCGGGCUGUUCGGGAGCCUGGCGGCGGCGAACCCGCGACUCGAUGAUGGGGAGGAUUAUGACAUGAUGAACGGCACCUGUGAGCCCAUCGAGAGCCCCGUGGUGGACGAGAGACCGCGGGGCAGAGAGAUCUUCCUGAAGCCCCAGCAAAGUCCCAACCUGCGGCGGAGAUGCAAGUCGCUGCCUACGCCCACCGAGAGAGCGAAGUUGGAGAUCUCCCGCACCAGGAGUCCCACCAGCCAGAAGAAAGUCCGCUUCGCCGACUCCCUGGGUCUGGAGCUGAUUUCAGUAAAGCAUUUCGAUGAUACAGAUGAACCAGAGGUGCCGGAGCGCAUUCUGGCCAAACUCCACAAAGGACCCCUGCAGCUCAGCCAUUUGGACACAAAGUUCCCUCGCGCUCCUGCGCAGUCAGUGUUCAUGGAGCUGCAGUUCACCAACCCGGGCACACUGCCCGGCUUCGAGCACAAAGUGAGGGACGUGAAAGUCCUGCUGGAGACCGUCGAGGCAGAUGAGUUCAGCCUCUCCGGGUUUGUGCGCGUGUUAAAUCUGGCUUUCGAAAAGAGCGUCUCUUUGCGCUAUUCUCUCAACAACUGGAUCACUUUCAUGGACAGCUUGGCGUCCUAUGUCCCCGAGUCAAGCGAAGGGGACACCGAUAAAUUUCGUUUCAAAAUCGUCACGCCCACCUACCUCGACACCGGAGGCACGCUGCAGUUCGCGAUUAAAUACUGUGUCGGCGGGCAGGUGUUCUGGGACAAUAAUAAUGGCAACAAUUACAAAGUGCGGCGUCACCGGUUCAAGAUGUCCCCACCUCGGGAAUGGGAGAAUGGAUGGAUUCACUUUAUCUGAGCUGCGGUUGCACACUGCGUGCGUAAAUCUCCGCGUAAAACCUCUCCGGCCACCUUAAUUAUGACUGUAGCCUGUUGAAAUGACCUCCCCCUGCCACUGUCCGCUUCUUUCAUCCGCACGGACAAGAAUUGACCACAACAUUUGAAAUAUUUGCAGUGCUGUGGUGACAAACGGAGGCCUAAGAUGGAUAAGCCUUUGGUAGGUGGCCGGUGUUUUGGUUAGAACAUUUGCCUUGAUGUCAGGGAUCUGUACAGCAUGGUGCCCUUUGGGAGGGCAUGCUCGUGUUAUGUAAUGUUGGAACACGUGACACGGAUAACGUGCCGGGCAAUGCCGACUUGGCGCAUCACUGUUCAUUUCAGGAGAUGCUGUACAUUUAUUUGAUGGCACGGUGGUACCAGAAUUAUCAUUUUGUUUUGCAUGUUUUUUGAAAUGGAAAGGGGAAAGUUUUAAGAGUUAUGUGCGUAUUAUUCCAAUUUAAUGUAUAAUUUCCCACUCUCAUGCCUUUAAAAUGCCUUAUUUUAAGCCAUGCUGUGGGAAGUUGUGCAUUUAAUGUUAUCCAGUGAUUUCUUGAGAGAGGAAAUGCAUUGAUCGGCAUUAAACAUUUAAGAUAAG